AUGCCUUUACAUGCUACAGUAAUUGUUAUAGUAGCUACAAAGGAGAACUUUAACUCUUUAAUACAAGGUCUCACUAAGUAUCAAAUAAUGGAAAAUGAUUUUAAGAUUAUUUGUUGGAAAUAUUUUUAUCUCUUUAAUCAACCUUACACUGAAUUUUCAGAUGGAGAUAUUGUGAUGUUCAUGAGUAAAUUUAUAGUUGAAAAUCUUGAACAGCAUUUUGCUGUUUCUCACAUUUGUGUUAUUGUGCUAAAAGACCCUGAUCUUGAACUUACAGAUUUUGACUUUAUAUUCACCAAUCUUAAUGUAAUUAAGGAUAUGCAAAGAGGCACUUCCUCAGUUGCUUCAAAUAAUUACUCAGAUAUUGACUUGAUCACUGAAGAUAUUGAAUCUACUACAUCUCGAGUACAAAAAAGGUUCUGUGUAAUGAUAUCAAGAUCUUCUAAACAAACUACUAGCUCACCUCCUAUUAUUAAUAAAUUCACAACUUCAUUUCUAACUUCAGUAGCUUCCGUUAAUACUGUUCCUGAAACAGUUCAGAUUCAAAAAGGUAAUAAAAAAUUGUCUGAUUUGGCUUUGAGUUGUUUUGAACUAACCAUUAUUGAUGAUGCUCAAAAUGAAGAUGUCUAUGCUGAGGAUGUCUUGGGAGAUAAUAAUUUGGAAAUACUGCAUAAACAAGAUGUUGAAAAACAUAAAAAAAAAAGAAAUAGGAGAACUCCAAAGAAAACUAAAAAAUAA